AUGAAGAUGAAGACCACUCUCCCUGACGAACUGAUAGUAGAAAUUCUGUUAAGAUUGCCGGUAAGAACUCUAUUGCGUUUCAAGUGUGUGCGCAAGUCAUGGCUUUUUCUAAUUUCCGAUCCUCAAUUUACCAAAUCCCAUUUUGACUUAGCGGCUGCACCCACACGCCGACUGCUUCUGAGAUUCUCUCAGAAUACUGCUCAAUUUAAUUCCGUGGACAUAGAGGCACCACUUCACGAUCAUACUCCGAAUGUGGUUUUCAAUAUUCCACCUCCUUCAUUGUUUCAUGAAUUUGGAUCCUGGGAAUUUUUUGUUGAUGUGGGUUCUUGCAGAGGAUUUUUACUCUUAAGAUAUAGGCUCCUCCUUGGUUUGCCUACUUUUGCCAUUUGGAAUCCGUCAACUGGUCUCUUUAAACGAAUUAAAGAUAUGCCGACGUAUCCAUGUCUAUGUGGCAUUGGGUAUGACUCAUCAACUGAUGACUACGUGAUAGUGAACAUAACAUUAUUGAGCUACACGAUGAUCCAUUGUUUCUCUUGGAGAACCAAUGCAUGGAGCUGCACUAAAAGUACUGUUCAAUAUGCUUUGGGGAUGUCAUCCCCCCACGGGUGUUUUAUUAAUGGAGCUCUUCAUUGGUUGGUUGGUGGUGGUUACUAUGAUAAACCUAACGUUAUUAUUGCCUAUGAUGUAACGGAAAGGAGUUUAUCAGAUAUUGUGCUGCCAGAGGAUGCUCCAGAUAGACUAUAUUCUUUAAGUGUCACGAGAGGAUGUUUGUGCAUUUUUUCCACACAUCGGUUGCCAACCAUGCUUGAGAUUGAUAUGUGGACACUAAAGGAAUACAAAGUGCAGUCAUCCUGGACCAAGUCAUCAUUUGUUCUGUCUCGUGAUUACUAUGAUUUUUCCUCCAUUUUUUUUCCAAUACGCUUCACCAGAAAUGAUGAAAUUUGGUUAGUGGACGACGACCAAACAUUGGUGAGAUUUAAUGACAAAGGGGAGCUGCUUGAACAUCGUGUACAUGGAGGGAUGGGCAGCCUUGUUUAUCGGUAUUGGGAUUUUGUUACGUAUAGAGAGAGUUUGUUACCACUUCCCAUGCAAGCAAUCGAAGAUGCAGAAUACAUGGAACGUGAUUUGAUUUCUUAG